CCGAACCCAACCUCUUCACACUUAUACUCAAAAUUCAAUCGUCACAACUCUACUCAAACAGCUGUGUGUGCUGUAUCCACCUCUCUUCAUAUCUUCCCUUAUUUUUUUCCACUUUUUAACUCCACCUUUUUUUUUCUUUUUUUUUUUAAUUUUCAUUUUUCAUUUUUCUUCAACUCUCUCUCAGCCCAAUUUCUUCUCCACUCGAGAGCCUAAUUUCACUCCUCCAGAAAUUUUCUCUCUCCUCUUUCUCUCUCUUCCUUGAUCAUCUUCUUCUACUCUAAUUCUAUUAAUUUCAGACAAGAGAGAGAGAUCGAGCGAGUAAUAAUGGCGCAGAGUAAUUGGGAAGCUGAUAAGAUGCUGGAUGUUUAUAUCCAUGAUUAUUUGUUGAAAAGAAAAUUGCAUAAUUCUGCCAAAGCAUUUAUGGCAGAAGGGAAGGUGGCUACUGAUCCAGUUGCUAUUGAUGCUCCUGGUGGGUUUCUCUUUGAAUGGUGGUCUGUCUUCUGGGACAUUUUUAUUGCUAGAACAAAUGAAAAACAUUCUGAAGCUGCUGCAGCUUAUAUUGAGACACAACAAAUGAAGACUAGAGAGCAACAACAGCAGCAGCAGCAACAGCUGCAAAUGCACCAGAUGCAACUCAUGCAGCAGCGGAAUGCUCAGAUGCAGAGAGGCGGUCCUAACCAUCCUCCCCUUGGUGGUCCUGUAAACGGUAUCAUGGAUAACAGGAUGGCCCUCCUCAAAUCAGCAAACAAUCCGCAAGGCCAGUUGAUCCAAGGUAAUUCAGGGGGAAUGUCUGCAGCCUUGCAGCAAAUCCAGGCACGGCCUCAUAUGACAUCUGAUAUCAAGAGUGAGGUGAGCAUAGGUGGAGCACAGAAAUCAUUACCCAUGGAUCCUUCCUCCAUUUAUGGUCAGGCAAUUUUGCAAUCAAAAUCUGGACUUGGGAGUGCAGGUUUGAAUCCCGGCAUCAACAGUCUUCCUUUGAAGGGUUGGCCCUUAACUGGAAUUGACACCUUGAGGAUGCCACAGAAGCCUCUAAUUCAAAAUCAAAUUCUUUUGGCGGCUCAGCAGCAACAAGUCCUGUCACAGGCUCAGGCACAAAACAGCCUUGGAAGUUCACCAAGCUAUGGAGAUAAUGAUCCUCGAAGAUUUAAUGGUUUACCAAAGGGUAGCAUGAAUACAAAAGAAGCUCAAUCUGCUAGAAAUGAUGUCUGCUCUCCAAUGCAAUCGAGUUCACCACAGAUGAAGAUGGGUCAGAUGCAACAAUCUUCCUCUCAGCAGCAAGAUCAGUUACAGCAGCAGCAAAUACAACAGAACAAUAGAAAAAGAAAACAACAUUCUUCUUCUGGACCAGCGAACAGUACAGGAACUGGCAACACUGUAGGCCCCUCACCUAACUCUCCUCCAUCAACUCAUACACCUGGUGAUGGGAUUGGACCAGCAAACAGUCUGCAGCAGGUUAACAGCAUGCCUAAAAGCUUAUUGAUGUAUGGUGCUGAAGGAACCGGAGCACUGGCUUCAUCUUCAAAUCAGCUGGAUGACAUAGAGCAGUUUGGAGAUGUUGGCUCUCUAGAUGAUAACGUGGAGUCGUUCUUGUCACAUGACGGAGGAGAUGGAAAGGAUCUCUAUGGAUCCAUAAAACAAAGUCCAGCUGAACCAAAACCAGAGCCCUCCAAGGGAUUUUCAUUUUCUGAAGUAGGUUGUAUACGUACAAGAAAUAAGGUCACAAGCUGCCAUUUUUCUUCAGAUGGGAAGUAUUUAGCAAGUGCGGGGCAUGACAAAAAGGCUGUUCUCUGGAACAUGGACACUCUGCAAACAGAGAGUACUCCUGAGGAUCAUACACUUGUAAUAACGGAUGUUCGUUUCAGGCCAAAUUCAACUCAUCUAGCAACGGCUUCGUUUGAUGGAUCUGUGCGAUUAUGGGAUGCAUCCAAUCCCAGCCAUUGUAUGAAUGUCUAUCCUGGACGAGGCAAUCAUGUUAUGUCUCUUGAUUUCCACCCUAAAAAGAAUGAUCUUUUUUGUUUUUGCGACAGUAACAGUGAUAUUCACUACUGGAGCAUGAGUCCAUUUUCCUGUAUCCGCAUGUCAAAGGGUGGUACUGCACAAGUGAGAUUUCAGCCAAGAGUAGGGCAGCUUCUCGCAGCUGCAUCAGAUAAAGUUGUUUCUAUAUUUGAUGUUGAGUCAGACAGGCCAACGCACUCUUUCCAGGCACACUCUGAUGUUGUAAACUACAUAUGCUGGGAUGCAAGUGGAGAACUUCUGGCAUCUGUCAGUCAAGAUAGUGUAAAAGUGUGGUCAUUGACCUCAGGAGACUGCAUUCAUGAGCUGUGCUCGAAUGGAAAUCAGUUCCAUUCAUGUGUUUUUCAUCCCAGUUUCCCAACGCUCUUGGUGGUUGGAGGCACACGGUCCUUGGAAUUGUGGAACAUGGCUGACAAUAGGAGCAUGACGGUACCAGCACAUGAUAAUAUUGUAUCAGCUUUAACAGCAUCUGUCACCGGAAUGGUUGCUUCGGCAGGACAUGACUGUGCUGUUAAGAUAUGGAAAUAAAGGGUGAUUGUGGUUAAGUUCAAUACCCUUCAAUCCUAACUAGUAUUGUUCCAAAAGUUCAUCGAAGUCUCAGAAAUAAAUGCUUGAGCUUCAGGAUGAGAAAUGUUACCCGUGCUAAAUGCACUAUACAUAAGAAAUCAGCACCCAGCAUCUCAGAGUAUUUAAACAGUUUGUUCAAGUAGGAGCAUGGCAAUGGAGGUAUAGAAGCACAACAAAGACAAGUGUUUCAUGAAAAUUUUACUAGUAUCGCCAUUGAUGUUUGUGUUGUAGUUUAUGGUGUAUUGGUCCCUUGAGCUUGAAUUUUCAUGUAUUCUAUUUUCUAUCUUCCUUUAUUAUUUUAGUUCCUCUGACCUAGAUUUCCUUGUCAAUAGAAUGUUGUUUUUACAACCCCGGCUUUAAAGUUGUAGAGCCCUGGGUCAUCUAGCGUAUUCUAUAGGUGUAUUAAUUUAAUUGCAGCACAUGCUUUAUGAUCUGUAGUCAUGUCAAAAGGAUGUAUUUGCUCAUGUGACUGAAAACCAGGUUAAACUGUUUCUAUGCUUGUCAUAUUGACAUAUUGUACGAUCCAAGUAUAUAGAAUAAUGUUCUAAUCUUUGAUAUCA